GUCGUAGAAACUCUAUGUUUAGCGGGAACUCACUGGAAUAUGUCGUCACUGCCUGCCCACCUACUGGGUCCUGCCUGCCACCUGGAGCUCUUCCCGUGCUUGGGCAGCCUUCAGAGAUGAGGUGAGAAGGUGGGCGGGAACUGCUGAUCACCAAACAAAUUCCAUCCCUUCACUACAACCACUUCGACUUCAUCACCUAAACUUUCCCCUCCCUCCAAACACAAACAUACGUGCUUCCUGUCUUGAUAGACUUGACUGAUACACACUUUACAGAGUCAACCAUAAUCUCACUGUCAACCAUGAGCACUCUCAGGCCGUUGCGCGGCGGCUGCCAAUGCGGCCGAAACCGUUACAUAAUUGCUGUUCCUCAAAAUGGCAUCAAUGAGGCACAGGUUCUCUUCAACACUGAGUCUGCACAUCAGAUACCUCUUGCAACUCCACUGGCCGCCUACAUCCGAGUUCCGCUUUCAUGGUAUCAUAGUACCACCUACUCUUUCUUCCCCGACGAGACACACGCCUUGAUUCGACGAGUUUAUACACACCCUAGCCAACAAUACUCAAAACGUCACUUUUGCGGCUACUGUGGUACGCCACUGUCCUACUGGUCCGAAAACCCGCAUACCGAGGCCGAAUUCAUCAACCUUACGCUCGGAAGCUUGCUGAGGGAGGACUUGCGAGAUCUGGAAGACAUGGGAUUGAUUCCAGAAGAGGAAGAUGACAAAGCCCCAGCAGGCCAGUCACCGGCAGUGGUGGGUAGGAACACUGCAUUGCGUCAGUCGUAUGGAGUUCCCUGGUUUGAUGGCAUGGUAGAAGGAACACGCCUAGGUAACAUGCGCCGAAGCCAAGGUGUCAAACAAUCUCAUGAUGGCCGAGUCAAGGUCGAGUGGGAGAUUGUCGAAUAUUCCAAUGGCGAAGAAUCGACGGCUCCGAUGGAAGAAGAUAACGAUGCGGAGAUGUCGAACCCAGGAAAGCGAAAGCUACAGGACAGGGACGACUCGGAGGCAGGUGCUGUUGGGAACUAGGAAGUACUGCUGACCGAAUUGGGCUCAAUUGUGACUGUUGUAAUAUCGAGGAAGCUGACGACUGAUGGGAUAAUGAUGAGGGGCCCUUGCUAAAAUUCCGACGGCGAGAGGCGUUGACAAGUGCAUAUUCGCAGCGAUUUCAACAACCCCAUGGCUCUUGGAUGACAUGUUGGCUCAAUCUCGGUUGUCAUAUUAGAUAGUUUGCGAAAAAGAUUGUACUGCCAUGCUUUCUGAACCUGCGUUAUCAUGUGAAUAUCUGAGCCAUUAUCCUUGUAUGCUGAUGAAUUAGGAGAAGCUACCAGUUUAAGAAAACCAAACGAUAAGCAGAUAUGCAUGGAUAUAUGGUGAUAGCGAAAAGACAAAAUCCGUCAUUGAGCCGCAUGGGGAGUCCGGAUAUCUGGGCCGUUCCGUUAGUACCUAUGACUGGUGUUUCGGGCCUAGCAGCCAUGGCAGCCCGGGAAAUUCGGGGGCAAUGCAGUCCGGACCGUUUGAUAGAGUGGGAACAGGAACCGGGAGAGAGCGACACGGCAGGCACAUGCAAAAUAGAGAAGCAAUGAGGAUCACAGUUACAGCACAGCAUCCGAAACACAAUGCAGCCUAAACAAUGGGAAACAGUGGUGGGAGGACCCUUGGAUCUCGAGGCCGAGACACCACGUGCAGAGCAUAAGAUCUCGGGAAUCAACUAAUUCCUCCUGCAUUUGAUUCAUCCGGUGAGGCGAAGUUGCAGCGGUCAUUACAGAGCGUGCCGAAGUUCUGGCGAUAGCGGGCUGUCGUGGCGCCGGAGAGGCGGGCCGAAGGCUCGAGUAGGCACAUAUGAGCGGGA